AUGGUGCCUACCUUGGCAGUCCCUACCCCAUAUGGCUGUAUAGGCUGUAAGCUGCCACAGCCAAACUACCCUCCAGCACUAAUCACUUUAAUGUUCUGCUUAAUGGUUGUCACCGUCGUCACAGACCUCACUGGGAACUCCUUGGUGAUUUUGGCUGUGGGGAAGAGCAAGAAGCUCCGGAAUUCUGGUAACAUCUUUGUGGUCAGCCUCUCAGUGGCUAAUAUGCUGGUGGCCAUUUACCCCUACCCUAUGAUGCUGCACGCCAUGGCCAUCGGAGGCUGGGAUCUGAGCAAGCUACAGUGCCAGAUGGUCGCAUUUAUCACAGGGCUGAGUGUGGUUGGCUCUAUCUUCAAUAUCAUGGCAAUUGCCAUCAACCGUUACUGCUACAUCUGUCACAGCCUCCAGUAUGAGCGGAUCUUCAGUGUGCGCAACACCUGCAUUUACCUGGUGGUCACCUGGAUCAUGACCGUCCUGGCUGUCCUGCCCAACAUGUACGUUGGCACCAUAGAGUAUGAUCCUCGCACCUACACCUGCAUCUUCAACUAUCUGAACAACCCCAUCUUUGCCGUGACCAUCGUCUGUAUCCACUUUGUCCUCCCUCUGCUCAUCGUGGGUUUUUGCUACGUGAGGAUCUGGAUGAAAGUGCUGGCAGCCCGUGACGCCGCUGUGCAAAAUCCUGACAACCAAUUUGCCGAGGCUCACAAUUUUCUGACCAUGUUCGUGAUCUUCCUCCUCUUUGCAGUGUGCUGGUUCCCUGUCAAUGUGCUCACUGUCUUGGUGGCCUUCAACCCAAAACAGGUAGCAAGCAAGAUCCCCAGCUGGCUUUAUCUUGCAGCCCACUUCUUGGCCUACUUCAACAGCUGCCUCAACGCUCUGAUCUAUGGGCUGCUCAAUGAGAAUUUCCGAAGAGAAUAUUGGACCAUCUUCCAUAUUAUUCGGCACCCUAUUCUCUUCUUCUCUGGUGUCAUACAUGAUAUACGUGAGAUGUGGGAGGCUGGUGGCCUGGCCCGUGCCCAUGCCCGUGCCCCUGCCCUUGACCAAGCUCGAGAACAAGCCCGUGGACAAGACCGUGCUGCUCUGGAGGAAAUACCAAUGAGGGUCCUGCGUGUUCCACUACCUGGUAAUGCAGCUGACCAACCUGAGCGUGCUUCUGGCCACCUCACACCAGUCUCUGUUCACUCCAGGCCUGACUGUGCCUACCACAAAUCUGUUUCUGACCCCCACAAGUCUGUCAUUAGCCACUCCAAGCUCGCCUCUGGCCACCACAAGUCUGCCACUGUCCACCGCAAGCAGGCCUCUGUCCAUUUCAAAGAUGACUAUGUCCAUUUCAAGCCUCCCUCUGUUCAUUUGAGGGCUGACUCUGUUUAUUUCAAGCCUGCCUCCAGCCACCCCAAGCCUAUCCCUGGCCACCAAAUCCCUACUGGAAGCCCCUCCGAGAGGCUCUUCAGCCCUGCCACCAGCCACCCUAUACUCACCACUGGCCACAUCAAGCCUGCCAUCAUUGGUUAUCCUCAGCCCUCUGCUGCUGGGCUCACUAUGUCCUGCUACCCUGAGCUCACUAUGUCUUGCUACCCUGAGACCACUGCUGUUGGACACCUUAAGUGUGAAGUUACUAAUCGCCCUGAACCUCUCUCCAGUCCUGCCACUGGCUCCCUCAAGCCUGCUGCCACCACUCACCCUCUUGAUUCCACUGUUGUCACCACUGACAGCAUUGAUUACCGUGAUGUUGUGGUUCUUGAUGUUGAUUCUUAUGAAAUGGCCAUAUGAAAAAUGCUCUUAGGGGGUGGCCAAGCAAUGGUCCACUUUCAAGUGUGUCUAGCCUAUGUAACCUCACUGCAUUUAAAUAUAGAAAGGCACGCAAACACUGACUCACAGCCGUGUUGUAAGCUAAUUCCAUCAUUUAAGCAUACUUUCUUGUAUCACAUACUUGUGUGUGUGUGUGUGUGUGUGUGUGUGUGUGUGUGUUUUGUGUGUGUACUUGCUAUUUUAGAAGCCAAAUUGCCAUCAAGUUUGACUUCUGUUGUUCUGAGCCUACCUUUCCUUCUGCUGCUGGCCUUGAACCCACAGUGAUCCUUGAUAUUUUAGACUGAUUUUUCCCUACUCCCGUGCCCCCCUUUCUCCCCUUCCCUCAUUUCCUCCUCCUUGUUCAUGCUUCUUCCAUCCUCUGAGGGAGGGAUGGCAGAAGAGUGCAUGUGCAAUGUUGAAGGCUUCUGUAAAGUUAAUGUGACCACAGUGCUUUAUGUUUCUAAGUGUCUAAUUCUAUAUUGUACAUUUAAUGACAGUCAUAAAAGCAGAUGUAAUAAAGUACAAGUAAUUGAAACAGUUGUUGCCAAAUUCCAACAGCAAAAUAUGAUCCAUAUUUAAAAAUAACUUGAUAAGCUCUUAUUAAAAUAGAU